AGGCAGGACUCCCUAGGUACCGCCCUGCAUCCACCCGGAUCAGCUACCCAGGAAAGAAACCAACAGGCAGGAGAACCAGAAGAUGGGACAGGCGGUCUACCUUGGCCUCUGCCUCCUGGGCUGCCUCAUCUUUAACCCUGUGGUGGAAGGUGCCAAGAACGGCACAGCGGCGGGCCGUGCUCGAUGUGCUCCGGGCGCACUCUACUACAAACAGUUCUGCUAUAUAUUUAACAGCUACUUCGUCUCCUGGCAUCUUGCAGAGGUCACAUGCCAGGGACUGAACACCGGACCUGAGUCUCACCUGGUUUCUAUUCUUUUUGCAAAUGAGGGGAAAAUAAUUUCCUCCUACCUGAGUAAAAAGGGGAUUAGCGACAUUUGGAUCGGCCUGGAGGCUACACGCAGCAAUGGGUACAUGGUCUGGGAAUGGAGCGAUGUCUCGCCUCUCAGUUUGCCUCUCUGGGACGGCCGCACCCUCAGCAGCGCGAUUUCUGCCAACGAAUGUGUCUCCAUGACCAACAUCCGGAACACAAAUGCCCAGAAAUGGCUGCAACGUGCCUGUAAUGACACCCUGCCCUUCCUCUGCAAGUACAGGGCUGAAUACUAGCCCUUGGGUACCUGCCCAGCAUCCAGGAUGGAAAUGCAAGGUCUAUGUCUAGGAACAAUUCAGCCACUUUGGAUGAUAGCUCCAGUUCUCAGAUGCUGCCGUGUCAAGGAAACAAUUUUAGUUCCUUGCUCCUUGUCAGAAGAGCCACUUCCAAAUUUAACCUGUGACAACCACUUUUUCAAAUCACAACCUAAGAUCCCCCCCACACACACACACGCAUGCACACACUUGGGGCCCUGGCUCUCUUGGUUAAGAGCAGAAGCCCAGAGCACUUGCAAGCCAAAUCCCACAAGCUUCUAAUUUCAGCUGAUGAGUAGCAAAGUUUGCAACUUGGGAGUGAUUUGAUAUUUUCACAGAGAAAUCUGCACCAUCAGAUCUGAAGCUCUUCUGCUUUUUAUGUCAAAACAGCACGCCUUCCCCCCAGUGGUGAAGCAGAAAAAUGUCUGCCCAGAGAAUCUUCCUCUAGGCUGUGUGGAAGGUGAGCUUUGCUGGAAGUGCAGAUCAGCCAAUUCAUCUCUGUGAAUGAGGUGUGCAUAUCUGCACUAUGAGGGCAAAAUAUAUAUAAAGCGGGUGAUGUGUCUUGUUUCAUCCCAUGAGAUGUGGUACAUGAUGUACAGGAUUUCUGAACCUUCCAGCCAGCUUCUGCUUUCUUUGAUGUCUGUCACUCCUUGAGAAUAAAACUUCAGAACAAGAAA